CCGAGGCCCGAGCUAUGGCGGAGCUGCAGCAGCUGCAGGAGUUUGACAUCCCCACGGGCCGAGAGGCUCUUCGGGGCAACCACAGCGCCCUGCUGCGGGUGGCCAACUACUGCGAGGACAACUACGAGCAGACCUUGCCUCGGAAGCAGUGGAAUGUGCUGGCCUCAGGCCAAGGCUGUGUGUAUUUCAGGCCACAGACAAGCGGAAGGCACUAGAAGAGACCAUGGCUUUCACCACCCAGGCCCUGGCCAGUGUGGCCUACCAAGUGGGUAAUCUGGCUGGGCACACUCUGCGAAUGCUGGACCUUCAGGGUGCUUCCCUGCGGCAGGUAGAGGCCAAGAUCAGCACACUGAGCCAGAUGGUGAACAUGCAUAUGGAAAAGGUGGCCAGAAGGGAGAUUGGCACCUUAGCCACUGUCAUGCGGCUGCCCCCUAGCCAGAAGGUCAUCCCUCCUGAGAGCCUACCGCCCCUCACCCCCUACUACAGAAAACCCCUCAACUUCAGCUGCUUGGAUGACAUUGGCCAUGGCGUCAAGGACUUGAGCACGCAGCUGUCUCGGACCGGGACCCUGUCUCGCAAGAGCAUCAAGGCGCCUGCUGCACCUGCCUCCACCACGCUGGGGAGACCACCCCGGAUCCCCGAGCCCGUGCAGCUCCCAGUCGUGCCUGACGGCAAGCUCUCAGCUGCCUCCUCUGUCUCUUCCUUGACCUCGGCGGGCAGCGCCGAAGGUGCCAGUGGGAUCCCCCAGUCCAAGGGACAGGCAGCAUCUGCAACCCCGCCUCCACCUCCAGCACCUGCAACCCCGCCUCCCCCAGUCUCUGCUGAGGUCUUCUUGCCGCCUCCCCCGCUGGAGGUGUCCCAGGCCCCUGCAGCAGCAGAGUUGCCCCUGCCCCCACCUCCAGCUCUAGAAGGGGAUGACCUGGGACUACUGCCUCCUCCACCACCGGAUUUUGGACCAGAAGAACCCAGCUGGGUCCCUGCUGCCUACUUGGAGAAAGUGGUGUCGCUAUACCCAUACACCCGACAGAAGGACAAUGAGCUCUCCUUCUCUGAAGGCACCAUCAUCUGUGUCACGCGCCGUUACUCGGAUGGCUGGUGUGAGGGGGUCAGCUCAGAGGGCUCUGGAUUCUUCCCGGGGAACUAUGUGGAGCCCAGCUCCUGACAGCCAAAUCUGUCCCUGCACCGACCCAGCACUGCCUCAGUGGGCCUCCUGAGCCCCAAGAAGCCAGCGCCACAGUCAAGGCUGACAAAGGACCUGUCUACCUCUUGGGCUGUGAACUGAGUUCAGUCCCUGCUCCACAAAGCAGUGUGUGUGUGUGUGUGUGUGUGUGUAUGUGUGUGUGUGUGUGUGUGUGGAGAGGGGGCUAGAGAGAGGUGGUACCCAGGAGAUUGCAGCAGAUGGGGGAGGGAGCCUACCAAAAACCCAAGAAACUAAAAGCCACGGAUUUCAGGCUUCUUGCCCAGAGGACCCCCCCCCCCAGCUCAUGAAGAGCAAAUUGCCAGCUCUGAAUAAAACUGCUGACCUCCUGAUACUUGCCCCGCGGGG